AUGCGGCGUCCGCGGCGUCACCGCUGGAUAACGGUGUCGGUGUUCUUCAUCGCGUACUCGGUACUGCAGGCUGCGUUCACAUUGUCUAAUGCGUCCGAACCAGCCUCUGAUGUAGAUCUUCCUGAGAAAAUUGAAAAAACCGAAAAGGGUAUUCAGUCUACACCAGCAGAUCCUAAAGAUGAAAUCGUGAAAGUUACAAGGAAAUAUGAAAGCGAUGCAAUAACUACAGAACCCCGACUAAACCCUGAAGUGAGUUAUGAAAAAACUACUGGAAUAGAAGAAAAUAUAGACGAUUAUACGAUGAUGAAAGACGACAAUUAUGUUGAAGAAAAGAAAGAGUUGGAGAAUGAAAUCAAUUAUUUCUCUGGAAUGAAAUCAGAUUAUCAGCGAGUUGGUUGUACCCCACCAGCUAUUGAACAGUUCCCGAAACCGCUGAUGGGUGAGUCGUUGCGCAAGCAGGGUGGACUGAUCAUACAUGUAUUGGUAGCAGUGUUCACAUUUAUCGGGCUCGUAAUCGUCUGUAACGAGUACUUCGUGUCGAGCCUACAUAGGAUCUGUAAAGCGGGUGCUACGUUCAUGGCUGCCGGCAGCUCAGCCCCGGAGCUGGCCACUGUCGUCAUUGGCAUCUUCUGUGCAAAAGAUGAUAUUGCGUGUGCGCACUGUGCGCCGGCACCGUGUCGCACCUCAACUGGUGGCCGCUGUGCCGCGACUGCUUCUUCUAUGCACUCUCCAUACUCGUUAUGCUCUGCACUAUCGCCGACGGAUUCGUCUCCUGGUAAUCUACAGUUGUUAUACUGGUACAUGGCGUAUCCAAUCCGUUGGUCUUGCCGCCACACCAUACCCGACUGCCGCGGCCGCUGGUAUCCCAUCACCUUCAUCGUCUCCAUACUCUGGAUAUCAUUCUACUCCUACUUCAUGGUCUGGAUGAUCACAAUUAUCGUGUCUUUGAUAUCACGUCGCACGCGUGAUGUCAAUCACGCUUAUCCACGUAAUAACUGUAAUCUACUAGGAGACACGCUGGGCAUACCCAGCACGGCCAUGAUGCUAUCAAUUGUGGCGGUCGGUGUAUCAGUACCUGAUGCCCUCUCCUCAGUAGCUGUCAUCAAGGAAGGGUACGGUGACAUGGCGGUUUCCAAUGCGGUCGGUUCGAACGUGUUCGAUAUCCUGGUAUGUUUGGGGCUGCCGUGGUUCAUACAGACCGCUAUCAUCUAUCCCGGUUACCACGUAAACGUCAUCAGUAAAGCGACACACGCUAACAGCUGGAAGCUAGACCGCAAGUUCGGCGCCGUCCUGAUGGCAUGGUACGUGCUACUCAUCACGUUAGCAAGCCUCUAUGAACUGAACAUAUUCGGCCUAACCAAUCCACCGGACUGCAACUCCGCAUAUUAA